CGUCGAGGCGUUACGCUAUCUUACGGACGCACAGGAGAACCAAGCCAGUCCCCGAUUGCUCCAUAUACGGGGAAACCGCGCAUGAGAACAGACAUAGAUUCCCAAAUAAGAGUUCAAAAAGAGAAUGUUCAAGCACUUAAAACGCAUAUGGUUGCUAUGGAACAAGAACUGGCUUUAUCGCGGAGCAAACUUGAACGUUGCAAACAGGCUCUGGCUCGCCAUAAGAAAGAAGAAGGCCGUAUUUUCGCGCAUCGAAGAAUUGAAGCUAGACAAAGCUCGGGUUUGCAAGGACCAAGAAGAGAUGGAAGAGCGUAUUGUCAGUUACAGUGAACAGGCUAGCAUCGUAUCUCCCAGAGUUCCUGUUGAUCCAGGACAAACUCCGGAUAGCCUCGAUAGGAAGCUCGAAAAACUGUACAAGGAACUAGAUCGCUUUGACCAACAGAUGGGCGCGUCGAGAGAAGAGAUUGCAGCCGAAUUAUUGAGGGCUGACAAUGCAUUCAAAAACGCUGAAAGGCAGCUGAAUGAGCUGGAGAAGAUUGAACAGAUCUUUAAAAACACGAUUAAUUAUCGCCGCGAACGAUGGAGAAACUUUAGGGCGCAUAUCUCCUCCCGUGCCAAAGCCCAGUUUACAUAUCUACUCAGCGAGCGAAGCUUCCGCGGGCGGCUUCUGACAGAUCAUGAGAAUAAACUGCUCGACUUGCAAGUUGAGCCAGACAUCACCAAGGACAGUGCAGGUCGCGGUGCGAAGACAUUAUCUGGCGGAGAGAAGUCAUUCUCUCAAGUUUGCUUGCUUCUGUCACUGUGGGAAGCUAUGGGCUCGCCUAUUCGCUGCCUCGAUGAAUUUGAUGUUUAUAUGGACGUUGUAAACCGAAAGAUGUCUAUCGAUAUGCUCAUGCUGGCUGCAAGAAGGUCAAUUGGCCGUCAAUUUAUCCUAAUCACACCCGGCUCGAGGGCGGAAAUCAGUCUUGCCCCAGACGUGCGAAUCAAAGAACUCGCAGAGCCAGAGCGAGGACAAAGGACCUUGUCUUUUCGCCCCACAUGAUGUAUGAUUAGAGGCGUGGUUAAUGGUUUUGGGAAGUUGUACACAACUAUAUCGGAUGAAUCUACGAAGAAUUGGUCCUAGUACUUUAACUGCUUCCUGGCUUUAUACGGGGUUACGAUGAAACUUCAACACCCUCAUCUCAAGCCUAGCAGAUAAACACCCGAACUCGGU